GGGGAACAAAAGGGAAGAAAGAGGCAGCUGCGGUCAGGCAGAGAGUGAUAUGGGGAAGAGCGAAUAGGAAGGGAUGACGCCGGGUCUAGUCUCGCAAGGCCGCCCUUGCCCACAAAAGCAAAAGCGGUCAGUUAGCCGACGGAGGGGGUUGUUGGAAGGGAUAAAGAAUGCGUGAGAGGGUUGAUGGCGCUUUUUGAGGGCUACAAGCAAGAGCAAGCAAGAGCAAGCAGAAGCGGGUGGCGGCGGCGCGGGCGCAGUCGCUGUCGCGGGAUUGAAAAUGUGGCAGGGGCCACGUCGCGGACGCGGUCUUGAUGAAGAGAAAUGCCAGGAGCGGAACGGACACAGGCCGUGGUUCGUGGGUCGCAGCGUUGGCAACGUUGGUUUAUGCAGCAGAAGGAAGCUAGAGUUACACUUAGAUCCGUCGACCCAUGUGACCCGUGCCCUGCCUUGGUUGGGCUUCUCGCCAGCCAACAAUGGAUCGGGAUACAGCCGGAGAGCUGGUGCGGAGGUGGAUGAGAAAUCGGAAGCGAAGGUGACGUGGAUUUGCUGCGGCGGGCUCCGUUGGCGAGCAGGAAAGUGGAUAUUAAGGCAAAGCGGGCUUCCUUAUGCCUCUAGUCCGUACGCAUUCGAUCGGUGGCUGACGGCGGUCGUUGUGAGAGGAGAGAGAGGACAGAACGGGAAUGUCUGUUGCGCGGGCGAGCGGCGAAUCGCGAGAUGUCUCGUGGGGAGGGGGUGAGUGCGUGCGUUGCGUGUCUUGGACCUUGGGGCCGAG